CUCUCGCCUAAUCCUUAUCUUCUUCUUCAGUGAGCCAAAAACGACGCAGAAAGCCAAAAACCAAUCUCUUAUUUCCCUUUGAUUUUCUCGGACUUCGCCGGAGAUCGCAUCGGUGAGAGAAAGCAAAACUGAAAUCCGGUAAUUGAAUGGUGUUUCCGGAUGCCGAUUGUGGUUUACACUCCCGAAGUGAAAACGUGACGUUCUCGUUUCGUCGCGUUUUUGUGAACUGGCGCGGCAUCUAGAAACCUAAAAGCAAAAGUUACUGUGCUUGGCAGAGCUUCUAAGUUAUUCCAUGCUUUAUCUCUCAGGAUUAAGUGAAAUCAUUAUAAAAUAAUCGGAGAGAAACGCAUUUUUCUUUGGCCAGAGAGUCUCGGUUCUAUAUUGAUUCGAUUUGCUGAUCUCAGGACACAGAGUGUUGUGGAGUCAUCAUUUGAUACUCGUGUAUUAGUUUUUGGUUUCGAUGGAUUUGUAGACUGUAGAAAGCCUCCCUUUUCUUUUCUGUUGUUUCCAUCUCAUUUCUAUUGAGAUCUCUUUGAAAUGAUCGUAUUUCUUGAACUGGAGAAGAAUCAAGAAAAAACAGGAGAGUUGUUUAGAUUUUAAUUUGAUGAUUGUGUAGCUUAACAAGGCUAAGCUUUGUACCCGGUCAUACCGACCAUGCCUUUCACGGCGAAGAUCCAGCCCAUUGAUUCUCACGGACUAGAAGAACCGAUUCUGUUGGAGCCAGUGAAGCCGGUGGUGAAAUCACGGUGGAAGAGGCUGUUCGAGCGCCAGUUCCUGAGAAACUCUGUUGCAGAAAAGACCGGCGCCACAGAGGAGCUGCAUUUGAUCAAACAUGGCUCAACUGAAUUCUCUGAGUUCGAGCCAAGCUCGGUCUGCUUGGAUAAGAUGGUGCAGAAUUUCCUCGAGGAGAACAACGAGAAGCACUCAACUGGCGUGCAGUAUGGCCGCCACCGUUCCAAUUGCUUCAACCGUAAUGGCAGCGAUAGUUCUGAUGACGAAUUGGACUCUUUUGAUGGCUCCAAAUUUUCUUCCUCUGGCGAAGCGUGCGAAAUUCUGAAGAAUUUGGUCCUUUGUGCUAGUGUUUGUGAGAGGAAUUUGCUAGCCGACACUGCAAAGAUCGUCGAGAAGGACAAGAUCUCCAAGUGCAAAAACAAUGGCUGCAGGAAGGUUGUCACUGAUGGAUUGGUGGCUCUCGGAUACGACGCUUCAAUUUGCAAAUCUAGCUGGGAAAAAUCCCCCUCUUAUCCAGCUGGGGAGUAUGAAUAUAUAGACGUGAUAAUCAAGGGCGAGAGAUUGCUUAUUGAUAUAGAUUUCAGAUCGGAAUUUGAGAUCGCUCGAUCAACCAAGGAGUACAAAACUGUCCUCCAGUCCUUGCCUUACAUCUUUGUCGGCAAGGCCGAUCGUCUCCAAAGGAUCAUCGCCGUCGCGGCGGAGGCAGCAAAGCAUAGCUUGAAGAAAAAGGGAAUGGACGUUCCGCCUUGGCGACGUACCGGUUACUUCAAUGCCAAAUGGCUCUCCCCUAACAUUAAAACCGCACGCGCCACUCCCCCUCCCCCUCCUGCUCCCGCAGAGGACGACGAUUCCGAUUUCAAAGUCGAAAAGAAGCAGUCUUUCGCUGGUACAACCACCGGCAUCGUCAAUCGGUGCUGUGCAGAGAACACGAUUGAUUGGACGGUAUUGAAGGAAUCUUUGUUUACUUUAGAUGAGAAGUCUGAGGAAGAGAAGGUGCCGGUUGUGAAAGGACGGAUACUACCGGCGGUGGUGAAAUCAAAGAGUGUGCGAUCUGGUUUGGCUUCAGUGAUUGAAGACGAGCCAUAAAAAUUUUGCUCCAUUUUCCCUUUGUUUUUGAUUUGGGAAAUUAGUCGAGAAUUAUUAAAUCUCGUAUAUGUAUAUAUAGUCAACUAGAACUGACAAAAAUCUGGAAAAUCACCCUCUGCUGCGUCUUUUUUUUUUUGGUGUAAGGGUGUGAUUUAGUAAUAUCAAUAAAAUCUUGAAUAAGAACAGGGCGAGCUGAUCAAGUUACAAAUUUUGGUGGAAAACUUGAUUGGUUCCUUAAAUUGGCUUUCGGUAUUA